AUGGCUGGUGCAGGGAGCUCAGAGUUUACAAAUACAUGUUGGAAAAAGCAAGAUACAGGUGUAGGCAAAUCCAGUAUCGUGUGGCGGUUUGUGGAAGACAGUUUUGAUCCGAACAUCAACCCAACAAUAGGGGCAUCUUUUAUGACCAAGACUGUCCAGUACCAAAAUGAGCUACAUAAAUUCCUAAUCUGGGAUACAGCUGGACAAGAACGAUUUCGUGCCUUAGCACCAAUGUACUAUCGAGGCUCAGCUGCAGCUAUAAUCGUUUACGAUAUCACAAAAGAAGAGACAUUUUCAACAUUGAAGAACUGGGUAAAAGAGCUUCGACAGCAUGGCCCACCUAAUAUUGUAGUUGCCAUUGCAGGAAAUAAGUGUGAUCUUAUCGAUGUCAGAGAAGUCAUGGAGAGAGAUGCUAAGGACUACGCUGACUCCAUUCAUGCGAUUUUUGUAGAGACCAGCGCAAAAAAUGCGAUAAACAUAAAUGAGCUCUUUAUAGAAAUUAGUCGAAGAAUUCCAUCCACUGACGCCAACCCGCCAUCUGGCGGUAAGGGCUUCAAGCUCCGCAGACAGCCGUCAGAGCCAAAGCGAAGCUGCUGCUGAUGAGCCUCAGCCUCAGACUCGAUGGUGAAGCAGGUGGUCCUGACAGUUAGCAGGAGGGCUGGGGGCCUGCUACCAGUGUCCACUUAGCCGCUCGAGUCUUCUUCAUGCAAAAAGGACUCACAGAAAUUGGCCGGUUCUGUUCUCCCCUUGAAGACUGCAGCAAUGGUAUUUCAGUCUGUGGACGUCCAGUAUGUCAAGGAUCUGUGGUGUCCAAAGGGACCGCAUAAUUGACUUUGACCUUGCUGACGGGAGCACAUCAUUGUAUGGAUGGUGGAAUUAAAUUGCUGAGUAGUUUUGUAAUCAGGAUUUUAUGUAACAUUUGUAAAAAGGGAAAAUUAGCACUUUCGUGGUUCUUGUGGGGGGGGAGGCAAGAUUACCAUUUCCUUGGUUUCCCAUUACCACUGUUGGAGUUGUAUCAUUUAAAUGUGGUAGGAUAUUGCAGGUAGAGGGACGGCAGUUGGAAGCUGAAAUGGUUCUGUCUAGGACAGAUGGAGAUACUCCAUCUCUGCUGUCUCUGAAGCACUUUCUGUGAAGCAUGUUAGCCCCAGAUACAUACAGAAAGCCAACACCAUGGCAGUGGUUGCUGGCCCACCUUGGGUUUGCUUUUGACCCUGUCGCGCAUGUAUCACUAAACACAUCACUGGCGCCACUGUGGUGGUGGUAGAGAAGCACCUGAAAUAAAUGAACUGCAUAUGUCCUAAAUAGGUUAGCAGCAGUUUAAAAAACAAGGAAGAGGAGAAAGUAAUGUAAAUGCUGUCAAUUUUUUUAUUUAAUCCAAGUAUUUUGGUGGGGAAAACAAGUAUCUGUUGCUUAGCAUAUGUAAAGUUGUAGUCUGUAUUUAUGAGACCAUUGCUUAAAGACUAUAAAUUAUGUAAAUACAUUAAUAAAUUCUAAGUUUCAUGCAGCACUCCAUUUAAUCUCACACCCAGUCUUGUGAUGCCCCCCCACUUUUCAGCCUGUCCACUGGAGACUGAGGCACAUUUAUGUUGUGCAGAGGCAUAGAUGUUUAGCUUACAGUCUUUCCAGGUUUCUGUGCUUUCCCUUCCGCCCACCCCUCUUCCCUCUACAUCCCAUCUGGAAAUGAUAAUAAAGACAUAUGCCACUUCGA